AUGCCCGCCCUUGUCGCAGCAAGGGAACCACAUGUUCAAGCACAAACAUGCCACCGUGCUACAAUGCCACUGAAAUUUCCAGCCAGGCAAAGAGUUUCUCUAGUUCCGAUGGCCGAAAAAGAAACCAAUCCACAUAACGUUCUAAUACCCGGUUUGCCAGAAGACAUGGCGAAGAUAUGCAUCGCGCUUGUCCAUCGGAGCUACUUCCCUGCCAUGGGUGCAGUUUCCAGGAGGUGGAUGUCAUUCAUCGGCAGCAGAGAGUUUAGUGCUGUCAGGAAGGAGGUUAGGAAGAUUGAGGAGUUGGUUUAUGUCCUUGCUGCUGAAGCUGGUGAAAAGGGGCCUCGAUGGGAGGUCUUGGGGGAGCAAAAGAACAGGGCAAUUCCUCCUAUGCCUGGGCUGGCUAAGGCAGGGUUUGGUGUGGUGGUUCUCCACGGGAAUCUGUAUGUCGUAGCUGGCUAUGCUGCUGUCUAUGGGAAGGACUAUGUUUCUGAUGAGGUUUACCAGUAUGAUGCCCGGCUCAACAGGUGGGGUGCACUUGCCAAGUUGAAUUUUGCACGUCGUGACUUCGCCUGCGCAGAGGUCAACGGCAUAAUAUAUGUUGCCGGUGGAUUCGGCUCUGGCUGCAACAGUUUGUCCAGCGUCGAGGCAUAUGAUCCCCAACAGAAUAGAUGGACACUAAUCGAAAACCUUCGCAGGCCGAGGUCAGGAUGCUUCGCCUUCGGAUUGAACAACAAGUUGUACAUAAUGGGUGGCCGCUCAAGCUUCACAAUUGGCAACUCCCGUUCCAUCGACGUGUACGAUCCCAGGCGCCGAAGUUGGGAGGAGAUCAAGAGAGGAUGUGUAAUGGUCACCUCUCAUGCAGUUCUUGGCAAGAGCUUGUUCUGCAUUGAGUGGAGGGACCAGCGCUCGCUCUCGGUGUUCAGCCCUUCAGACAGUUCUUGGAUGAAGAUUUCAGUGCCACUAACGGGUAGUUCAAGCAGCCGUUUUUGCCUGGGGGCAAGUGGUGGAAAGCUGUUGUUGUUCUCGCGGGAGGAAGAUGAGCGUCAGUCUAUGACGUACGAUCCAGCUGCGGCGCCAGGUUCUGAAUGGGAGACAUCAGAGCUGAAGCCGUCGGGGUUGUGCUUGUGCAGUGUGACCAUUGAAAUUUGA